AUGGGUUCAGCUGCUCCUGAGUCACUCCGCGUUGGUGUCAUCGGAUAUGGCUUUGCGGCCAAAGUCUUCCACAUACCAUUCAUCCAAUCGACCCCUUUCCUCAAGCUGCAAGCCAUCGUCCAGAGGAGCCCGACCAAGGUCUCGUCGGCUCCCGCAGACCACCCGGAAGUCAAGCACUACACCGCUGUAGACGACCUUAUCCACGAUGAGUCCUGCGACGUGGUCGUCAUCACAACACCCCCCGACAGCCAUUUCGCGCUGGCGAAACUCUGUUUGCAAGCCGGGAAACACAUUCUGGUCGAGAAGCCGUUUGUGCCAAGCGUUUCGGAAGCAGAAGAGCUCAUACAGCUAGCUAAGAAAGCCAAGAGGCUCAUCUGCAUCUACCAAAACAGGCGAUGGGACAGCGACUUUCUCACGGUCCAACAGCUCCUUCAAGACGGUGUUUUCGGUCGCAUUCACGAGGUGGAUACCCACUUUGAUUACUACCGGCCGACCUCAGCAGACUCUUGGAGAGGGCAGCUCGACACCAUCCACGGUGGUGCUGCUCUGUUCGAUCUGGGGUCACACUUGAUCGACCAGAUGUACGCGUUAUUCGGCCUCCCGCGCGCAGUGUAUGGAGUCCUCUCGAAUCAAAAAGAGGGACGCCUGGAUCCCCUCAACCCUGACAGUGUCCACGCGCAGCUCAAUUACGACGGGGGCAUGGUGGUCAAUAUUCGAGUCAGCGAUAUGAGCGUCGAAUCGCCACAGCGCCGGUUCUGGAUUCGGGGAACAAAGUCAUCUUUUCGAAAGAACGGAAGAGAUCCGCAGGAAGGGCAGUUGGAGUUGGGUCAGACACCCAAAGACCCUGGGUUUGGCGUUGAGCCAGCCGAAAAUGAGGGACGCCUGGUUUAUGUUGUCAACGCCAGCAGGAUGGAGGAGCGCCCGUACCCAACAGUUGCCCCGGAGACUUACGGUGCCUUGUACCAGGGUUUUGCAGCGGCCAUACGGUCUGGUACUGAGGAGAAAAUUCCUGUUUCGGCGUCUCAAGCCAAGGAUGUCUUGCGGAUUAUCGAGGCGUUGUACCAAAGUGCCGUGGAGGAUCAAGUUGUGAGACUUUAA